AGCGAGAAGUCAGUAUUUUUUUUGCUAAAGUGAUGUGAUUAUCACAAUCGAUGGAUUUGAUGGAAAUUGUUAAAAUUCCACGAUUUUUAUGUGUGGAUAAUUGGAAUACAACAGAAUAGGAUAAAACGUUACAUUCAUUAGUGUGGAUCUACCGAGAUACGAACGAAAACGUUUACGGAUAUAACUUUUUUCGAUUGUCACUUAUUCGUAACGAUCAGAUAAAUUGUUGAUCAUGUCAAUGCUACAUCAUUCGGAUGUAACAGUGACAUGAUCAGAUUAGUCCGACAACAUUUAACACAAAACGGUCCCAGUGCUAUCAAGAUUAAAGAUGUUUUCCAUCGUAGUUGUGUAUCUCAAAAUUAAACAUUUUAUAAAUUUUGUAUUCUAAUUCGAUUAUUUUCAAGACGCUAUGUACAACAAAAAUUAAAACUGUUGACGAAAAAUUUGUCAUACUUCUCGUUGUUAAAACGCGUAUUACAAUCAGAAUUGUCAACUCUUCUGAUUUAUCAGAAUUUUUCUGAUCGCUUUCUGAUUUUCUGAUUUUUUUCUGAUUUUUAGCUUUUUUGAUUAGUGCUGGAGAAGAUGGUUUCUGGGGAAAAGGCUGACGUAAUAUCUCCAUGUCAGAAACAGAAAUAUAAACAUAAAGCAAAAGCUGAAUAUUGAUUGAAAUCAUUUGUUUCAUUGAUUUGCUUUUUCUGUUCAGCUGAAUUUGUAACGUAUACGUAUGAACUGUAAAAAAUAGAACAGUUUUCUUCUCCAAGUACAGCUGAAGUUGAAUUUCUUCUAUAAACCAUACGAGACAAAGAAAGAAAAAAAGAGGCAGAUGAGAAUCAGUUUUAAGAAAAAAUUAAGAUGUAACCAUUUCGUGUUUUGGGCAAAAAAAUACGUCUUCUGAUUUUUGAUACUUUGCUUUCUGAUUUUUAGGUUUUUUUUCUGAUUUCUUAGGUUUUGAGUUGGCAAUCCUAAUUACAAUAGUGGAUUUCGAAACGAAGAGUAAGUACAACCACGGAAGACACUGGUUUUUACGGGUGGAUUUGAAAGAAAUUUUCUUUCUACAGCAGUUUCACGACGUGAAUGACAAGAAAUUUAUCACAUGGGUUAUGAUCUUUCUUGCCAUAUUUCAAAGAGAAACAGAUGUAAUUUGUUCAUUUUCUUCACGUGAGUGAAUUGCACUAUCAUAGACAUGUACACGUGUGCGCAUGGCUAGAUCAAGGUCAGUUGACUUGGUGCAUGCAUGGCUCAUGAAUUUCAUGUGCUGUCGAAUAGUUUUUGUUCUCUAUUGUGUUACAAAAGGGAAAUGCGAAGAAACUAUAAUAUGUGCGAUUGCAUAGAAUAGAACAAAAAUACUAUAUAAACAGAGCAUUUCAACAGUGUUAUUCUACUAAUAUUACUUACCUUCUUGUUUUAGUAACAUUCGCAAAAUACAUUUAGUAAUGGCAAAAAAUUCUAUUGAAUUUAAAUUAUUCGCACCUCGUAAUAGUGAAGCUAAAUUAUUAGGUACAUUUUCUAAUUGGGAUGAAAUUAAAAUGCUAAAAGAUGAACAUACCGGUUAUUUUCAAGUAUCGAUACCAUUAGAAGAUGGUAUAUAUCGUUAUAAAUUUUUUGUCAAAUCUCAAAGUCCAUCAUUAUUGGAGCAACCAUGGCAAUAUGUUCCAGAUCCUUAUUCAACAUGCAUUGAUAAAACAACGUUAAGUACUGUUAUUAGAAUAAAAAAUGGUUCCCGUCUAAUUAACAAUGAUGAAUAUAGAUGGCUAUAUGAUAGUAUUCGAUUACCUGAUAAUUCUGACUUAAUUAUCUAUGAAUUUCUUGUCGCAGAUUUUAUUCCACAAGGAAAAUUUAUUGAUGCGAUAGCAAAAUUAGAUUAUCUAGUGGAAAUAGGUGUUAAUGCACUUGAAUUAAUGCCAGUUCACGAUCACAAAAACAAAGAUUGGGGAUAUUUAACAAGAAACUAUUUUGCACUAGAUUCCACUUAUGGCAGUAGUGAAGAACUUAAACAUUUUAUUGAUCAAUGCCAUUCAAAAGGGAUUCGAAUUAUAUUAGAUUGUGUUUUCAAUCACAGUGAUGCAGACUGUCCAUUACAUCUGAUCGAUCGUGAAUAUUGGUAUUACAAAGAUAAACAUCAUCCAGAAGAUUUGGUCAAUCAUUGGAUUAAUCCAACUUUAACAUAUAUUGGAGAUGUGAUUAAAUAUUGGAUUAAAGAAUAUCAUAUUGAUGGUAUUCGAUUUGAUGCAUUAAAACAACUCGAUAAUGAAAAAGCUUUAAAACAUUUUGAUGAUAUUUGUAAACAGACGAUUAAAGACGAAAAACCAUUUAUAACUGUAGGUGAAUAUGUACCAGAUAGUCCUCAAAUUGUUAAACCUCAAGGACCAUUAGAUUCCGUGUGGCGUGCAUCAUUUAAAAAUGAAUUAGUUCCACAAUUAAUUAUUAAAGAAUUAUAUGAAGUAGAAAAAAUAGAAUUAGCUGUUGAUUGUAAACAACAAGGUUAUUCAACGUCAGCAAAUGUUAUCAAUUAUUUAAGUUCACAUGAUAAUGAGCGUCUUAUGAGAAUAUUAGGAGAUUGCCAUAUAUUUGAUGAACCAGCAUUUCGUUUAGCACUUAUUGCACAAACUCUAUUGUUAACAGCUGUUGGUAUACCAAUGAUGUAUAUGGGAAGCGAAUUUGCAGAAUAUAAAUUAUUAGAUAGAGAAGAUCCUAAUUUUACAAAAAAUUCGCAUGAACCGCACUGGAGUUUGGCAACUAUUGGUAAAACUAAACAUUUUUUUGAUUGUACGAAAUUGUUAACAUCAUUACGUAAACGAUCAAAAGCAGUUCGUAGUGAUAAUAUUGAUCUUUUUCAUAGACAUUGGGCAUCUAAAAUAGCAGCAUAUAGUCGAUGGUGUGAUAAUGAACGAGUUAUAGUUGUUACAUGUUUAUCGGAAAAAGAUCGUUCUCAACAUUAUAUACCUAAUUUUCCAACAGGUAAAUAUCAUGAAAUAAUAAAUGAUUCUAAUAUUGAAGUUACAGAUGAUGAUAAUGGUUAUACAUUAGAUUUAAUGAAGAAUGAUGUUAAGGUAUUUGAAUUAAAAAUAGGAAAAUAG